AUGCCCGCAACUAACCGAAGAAUUUCGUUGGGAUCGCCAAAAGAUCUCAGAGAAGUGAAGUUUUUUGACGAGGAGCCUAUUCCGGACGUUCCACCGAAGGGUGCACGUGUCAAAGUUUGCUAUGCUGGAGUAUGUCUUACUGACCGGGAAGUGUCCAACACAAAGCAGGCGAGAAUUACAAACGGAAUCAAGGACACUAGCUUGUUUCCAGGAUACGAAGUUUCUGGUAUCGUCGAAUCUUUCGGCUCAGAAUGUACUCCACGGGAUUACGACUUGAAUAUUGGAGACAAGGUUAUUGUUUGGCCAACUGAUGAAAUGUGCAGUCAUGGAUAUGCUGACUACGUUGCUGUUCCAACUCUCCAUUUUCUUGUGAAAAUUCCGGAAACUCUUUCAAUGCACGUGGCCUCAAUUCUCCCAGCCGGUGCUACGUGGGCACUGUCUGCUGUUCUCCAGGCUAGACCGAUUGUUGAAGCAUUUUCGCAAUCAAAAGGCUUCUGCAACAUUCUGAUCGUCGGUGCUGGAGGACUUGGUCUUUGGCUUCUCAAGCUCGCUAAACAUUUCCUUGCCAUCAACAAUGAUAAGAAGAUUCGCCUUAUGGUUGCAGACGCGAAAGAAGAACGUCUAUCUCUUGCUGAAAGAAAUGGAGCAGACUUUGUUGUCCAUUGGGAUGAUUCGGAGUUUGAGGAGUAUCUUAUCAUGAGAACAAAGGAUGUUGCUCGCACAGGUGUCAAUGUUGUCUUCGACUUUGUGACUUCUCCUAGAACUGUUACUCGUUCAUUGAAAUGUCUCGCCGAAGGAGGUGUUUUGUUCGUCGGAGGUCUAUCAGGGCUCGAUGUUCAACUUCCAAUAAAACAUGUUGCCAAAAACAGACUUGCAAUUAUGGGUGUCACUAGAGGAAGCAUUGAACAACUCAAAAAUCUUGUCAACUUGAUUGCUGGAGGACAAAUCGAUGCACCAGAUUACAGAGUUUAUCCAGUCGAUCAGGCAUCGGCUGUUUUGAAGCAAUUGUCGAUGUCUGAAGUGGAAGGUCGGGCUAUCCUCGAAGUUUGCGACCCAAUAUCAGCUCUGAAUAUCGAUGAAACCGGCGGUGUUCCAAUUCCAGCUGCCACCUCCGAAUAA